UUUCGGAUUCCUGGACCCUUUUCAGACUGAAGGGCCCAGAAUGAUUGGGGCCAAAGCCUCGGCACUGAGAGUGCGGCCACCACCAUCGCCAUCCUGAGCCUCCUCAACAAGCCCAAGAGUGAGAUGACCCCGGAGGAGCUGCAGAAGCGGGAGGAGGAGGAGUUUAACACAGGGCCACUCUCCGUGCUCACCCAGUCGGUCAAGAACAACACCCAAGUGCUCAUCAACUGCCACAACAGCAAGAAGCUCCUGGGCCGUGUGAAGGCCUUCGACAGGCACUGCAACAUGGUGCUCGAGAACGUGAAGGAGAUGUGGACCGAAGUCCCCAAGAGUGGCAAGGGCAAGAAGAAGUCCAAGCCAGUCAACAAGGACCACUACAUCUCAAAACUGUUCCUGCGUGGGGACUCGGUCAUUGUGGUCCUGCGGAACCCGCUCAUUGCCGGCAAGUAGGGGACUCCUCCCUGCCGUCAGAACUUGCCCCCUCGUUUUGCGAAGACCUGCCCUUUGUGCUGGGAAUAAUAAAGUCAUGUGUUUUUUCUAAAAAAAAAAAAAAAAAGCCUCGGCAUUUUUAGCAAGCUGUCCAGGUGAUUCUCACGCGUGAUGAAGUGGUGCUACAGAAAGUGUAGUCCAGAGUCAAGGAGCAUCAGCAUGUUUGGACAAGUCUCAAACCUACCCUUGCAGCGACUGUGGGGGCAGGACCCAACAACCUGGGUUAAAACAAGUCCAGCAGGUGAUUGUUUUGCAGACUGAAGUUUGAGAAGCACCAGUUUAGCCAGAGAGGGCCACAGCUGGAUGAAAUCAGGCAUACAGGUGCAGGUCGAUGGUCCCAGUGAGGAAGGAAGGGUGGCAUCUGUGCUGCAUCGUGCCCCAAGAGAAGCGGGACCAGAGGCCAGAAGUUCCGUGCAGGCUGGUUUCUAG